AGUGCGGAUCGAACGCGUAAGAACAUCCGAGUGGGUGCGGUGCCCUGCCGUCCCUCUGAAAGCUACGGAUGCGGCACUGAAUGUACCGGCUAAUUAAGAAAUAUUAUCGUCCGUCGCGCUACACACAACACGAGCAUCGUAACAAUGUCGCUCAAGUGCCGUGCGUAUUUUUGACCGUGGCCGACAUAGCUGACCUUCCCACUUCCGGCGGAAGCUGUCGCUGGGAAAAGGGGAUUUUCGGCUUCGUGGACGCGAGAGAGGCUCCGAGCGGAAAAUAAAUAAACGGGCCGAGCGUCCGCGCGCACGCUAUGUCGCGUGUCGCUGAAGAAUGCAGCGCGCCGCGGCCCGAUGACUGCGCGACACGUUGUGAAUGCAUUCCGCGCUUUUAGCGAUAAUGCGACCGGCCGCGUUUCGGUCCGGCGUAUCGCGCCGACGUGGUCGAUCGCGGGAUUCAGCCGUCCGUCCCAGAUCUCCUAUUCACGGUCCAUUUUCACGAGACAACGACGAUCAACCGCGUGUCACGGCCUCAUACACGAGGUCGCAGGUAAUGGGAAUCGUUACGCUUUAGCUGCAACUUCACCGCGACCAGGGCCGCAAGAGCGACCGAGCACGUACGGCGGAGAAAAAAACGAGGGGAAAAAAGGAGACACGGAUUAUCCGAGGAACGGGUAAAGACUGGUUUCACCGGUGGUUAACUUCCACCUUAGAGCCGGAAUUAACGAGAGAUAAAGAGCAGUAAGUCGGGGGUCGCAGUUAACCGACGCUGGUGAAAUCGGACACGAGUUGCGCAGAUUUUCUCCGUUGGCAAAUUCCUGCAAUGGGAUUAGCAAAUCGCACUUCGCUCGGCUACCUUGUGGUCUACAAGUUGGAAGGAGAAAUGCGUACACGAAAUCAGCUUCAACGUACGACGUUGGCGUAUGGACGCGAUUCUUAGUUUGUGCCGACACAGAUGACCGAUCUCAGUGUUAGAUACUUAUGCGAAUGCGACCGUGCACACACGAAUUAGAUUCUGCGUUUUGUUUCCCAAGUGAACGAAUACAUCCCUGCUGUGCGCUUUAUCAGAUUCACACAUCGGUAUAAAGGCAGCGGUGCGAUGCGAUUCGGAAGCAGGUGACUCAACGAGCUCGCGCAACGAUGAGGAAAGCGACGGCGGUCGUGAUUUUAAUACUGUUCUCGAUCUCGGACGUGCGCCACGUCGUCUCCCUGAUGCAGGAGAGCCUGGGAAAGUUUCUCGGAUCUUUCGCCGCGCUCAAACAGUACAUCCCGAUCGUCUAUCAUUAUUAUUCUUAUGCGCGAAAAAGUGAAGAUACCCGAUUUGCUGAAUCAGUUGUGCAAUAACUCGCAAGCUAAUACGACGCUACGUGACGCUUGCUACGGUUGCUUCUAUCGCACGAGCAUCCUACCGCAGGGCUACCCUAUGUUGAUAGCGAUGUCCGCGUGCGCCAACACUUAUCUCAACAACACCAGCUACGGUCAUUGCCAGUCUUAUCUGCGAAACGCGACGACUAUCGCGCCGAACCCGCGAGUGAGUCCUACGAUAAUAUACUGCACGUUCCUAGAAUGCGUUCGCCAAGUCAAUAAGGACAGACUGCUCAGGGAGUGCGUUCGCGAGGCCAUGGGAAUGAUUCCCAGAUUCAACAGCACGGACAUGCAACUCGCGCAAUUGUACGUUAACACCACCGCCUGCGUGUUGGCGAAGACCCGUUGCUCCUACAUGAAUCCGGUGACCGGCGCGCUCCAAGGCGACGAUAUCGUCAACAAGUUGCACCUACCCUCGGUGAACGCGAUUCUCGUCAACACGGACUACGACUUCAACAUCAUACAAUUGCCGUUUCGCCACAGCAGCGUGGACGUGUGCUCCAAGUACAGAAAUGUCCAGCAGGCGACUUGGCCCAGCGUCGUGUGUUAAUUUACAAACAGAUAUUACCGCGCCAAAGAGGCCGCCGCGGCGUUAAAUGACGCGCGGAAUGGUUUUACCAAGCGACCGUUGCGGAAUGAAAUUACCGUGUGCUUGGUCGCAAUAAAGAUUGUUUCCAUUGGCGCCAACAUAUCGAUCAUUUCUACCUCUCCGCGUCGCGACUAUUAAUAAUGGCUACGGUUACGCGACUCAUGGAGACACGCGCCAAGAAAACAACGCGUAUCCGCAUUCUUCGCCCGCGACGUCCCUCCCGACGAGUGUCUGCCUCUUGUUUGCGCGCCGGGGGACACGAAGAUACAGAUGGAAUCGCGCAGCAAGACGACGAUCGUGACGUGCUUCGCGGUUUCGCGCGACAACGCCGGCGUUGUCUAGACGAGCUAGAUGACACGGGCGGAUGCUAAUAGUGACGGAGAAUCGGCCGAGUCAUCCGAGUUCGCGGUUAUGUAUCAUCGUUUGAAAGAAAUACUCAACUUCGUGGAAAUAUCCUUUGCGCGUAUUCAGGACAAU